AUGUAUUGGCUCGUACGCCAGAGGCAAGUGCGAGUGGAGGAGGAGACGGACGAGGCGUUCGCGACCAUACGCCGUGCUCAUGCAAUUGCGACCCAGGCUGCGACACGGGAUCGCACGCAGGCCCUUGUGAGUGUGUUCAGCAGUGGUAGUAUCGGGACUGCUACGGAUCUAGCAGGGUCGGGUGGCCCGGAGGACUCUUCAUUCAGUAUAUCGGAAAGGAUCUGCAUGGCGGUCGCCAAACUUUGGGUGUCCCCCUCGUCGGUGGCAGCGAUGCGCGCAGCCUUGGAGGGGGACCUGCGCUCACCUCAUGACAUUGACGUGACGACGCUCUAUCUCGGAGGGACGCUGGAGUGGCGUGCACACCAGUGGAUCGCAGGGUUGGGCUUCCUGUUUGCUGUCCUGGAUACGACAUGGCCUGCGUUCACCAGACGGGUGCGGCCGAGGUAUCUUCCGGCAGGGGUCUUGGUCGGACUUAUCGGCAUGAACUCCCUCCUCCAGUUCCAGCACUGCUGGUUGCCCUUCCACGUCCGUAACAGGCAUGCUGUUGCAGCAGUGCUGAGAGACAGGUUCCGGCUGAAAGGCGAUGCCGUGUCCGUUCAAGACUGA